CUUCGGUUUCCCUAGCCGGGGUUUGCCGCCGCGGUUCCCGCGACCCCAACGUCCCAGAGGCGGGGCAGAGUCGGCGGAGGCGCUCCUUGGAGCCGACCUCUGUUCCGGCCCAACAAACAGACCCUGGAUCGGCGAAGGUUGCGGAUACUGAGCAUUUGAAAUUGAAUAAAUCAUUACAAAGAAUUAUGGAGACUCUUGCAGGAUCGCAGAUGAAUAUCAGGUUUCCUACAAGCAAGAUGGUACCUUUCUACUUUCCGCCAUCAAAAUGUGCACUUUGGAACCCUACACCGAUUGGAGAUUUCAUCUACUUACGUCUCAAUUACUACAGAAAUCCAAAACUUGUGGUAACUGAAAAGACCAUCCGACUUGCUUGUCGUCAUGCUAAGCAGAAUAAAAAAAAUUUGCCAUGCUUUUUACUUGGUUCUCUCACAAUAGAUGAAGAUGAAGAAGGUGUGACAUUGACAGUAGAUCGCUUUGAUCCUGGUCGAGAAGUACCUGAAUGCUUACAAAGAAUCCCUACUGCUUCUCUUCCUGGGGACUUCGUGAUUCCAUGCAAAGUUCAAACUCAGGGACUUUGUUCAAGAGAAAUAAUAGUUCACAAUGCAGAUGACUACAGUUCAACUUUUAAAGCUCUGCAGCACCAUGUAUGUAGCAAAGAUUCCUUGGAUUGUGGUAAACUGCUUUCCCUGAGAGCACAUAUCACUUACCGGGAGAAUUUGGACAGUGUGGAUUUUGACUUGCAUUGGGCAGCAGUAACUCUGGCAAAUACCUUUAAAUGCACACCUGUGAAGCCCAUCCCCAUUAUUCCAACAGCUCUGGCAAGAAACUUGAGCAGUAAUUUGAAUAUUUCUCAAGUUCAAGGUACCUAUAAAUAUGGAUAUCUUACCAUGGACGAAACCCGUAAGUUGUUGCUUUUGUUGGAAUCUGAUCCCAAGGUUUAUUCUCUGCCAUUAGUGGGAAUGUAAGUAUUGCAUUAUUUACGGAAACCUUUCAGCCACAGAUAUGUUCAAAAGUAUAAGCACGUGAAUCAGCUGUACUGUGAAUAUAUAAUACUUAGAUCACCUUCAUAAGCCUUAAAGACAAAUGAAUCCUGAACUUUCUUGUCAUAAUAGCAGAACUUGUUAAAAUGCAAUUUUGUCCAAUUUAAGAAUGCUAAUAUAUGAAACCAACAAAGUUGAAUUUUUCUAGUUGACAUCGAAACCUUAGAACCCUAUUUCUUUAACCUUCCCUACUAUCCUGAUACCUUGAAUAACCCAAGGCCCAGAAUAGCUGUUUAAUUUCACUGCCAGGCAAUUUCGCAGAAAUUCUUUUUAGUGUUAAUGACUUUCUCUUUCGAGUUAAUAGCUAAUGACAUUUAAACAAAUUAUUCAGUCAGAAAUUUAUGUUCAGUAUUUACUGAGUGCUUACCAUUUGCAUAAUAUUAUGUUUGGAACUGGGUUGGAAUUUAAAGCUCCUCAAGGAAUUUAUAAUCAAGGUAAGGUGAUAAAUUAAUUAAAUAUUCAUAUACAGAAAGAUAAAUGGUGAGGAAGAUUAUGAUUUAUUAUCAAUAAGCAGUAUGGAUAGAGAGCACUAUUAGUGUU